AUGCCUUCCGUCCUCUUCGUGUUCACCUCUACCAACAAGACCUUGACUGGAGCCCAGACGGGAUGGUACCUCCCCGAGGCAGCCCAUCCUUAUUACGUUCUAGCGCCGCACGUCCAGAUCGACUUUGCUUCCCCGGCGGGCCCUAACCCACCCAUCGACGAAGGAAGUGUCAAGGCCUUUGAAAAGGAUGCAGAGAGCGUCAAGUUUUUGAAUAAUGAAACUGUGAAGCAGAAACUCGCGAGUGCACACAAGUUAUCCGACAUCAAUGUUGCGAACUACGAUGCCAUCUUCUACGUGGGAGGCCAUGGCCCAGUGAUUGACCUCGCGUCUGACCCAGUCAAUGGGAAACUUGUAUCUGACUUCUGGAACGCAGGAAAGAUCGUGUCUGCUGUCUGCCACGGACCUGCACACUGCAGCGCGCUCGUUCAAGGGGCUGAUAAGGAUGGCAAGUCGAUCUUCGCAGGGAGGUCCUUCACUGGAUUCUCCAACGCCGAGGAAAAGGCUGUAGACAAGGUGAACGACGUCCCAUUCUUGCUCGAGGAUAAAAUUACAUCGCUGGGGGGCAAAUACGAGAAAGCCGCUGAACCAUGGGGUCCCAAGGUGGUGGUUGAUGGCCGUUUGAUUACUGGACAAAACCCCGCAUCUGCCUCUGGAGUUGGAGAGGCCAUUCUGAAGGCCAUCAAGGGCAACUGA